GAAUAUGCAGCCAACCAAUCCCGACUCUGCAUGCCGAUCGACCGACCAAUCCGAUGGCAGGUAGGGUUCUCUUCCUGUUUGGCCGGAGGAAUCAUUUUUCGAGAUCAUGGGAGGGAUCAAACAAGAGCAGAGUGAUGCAUCCAAUCAGUCCAAACCUUCACAUUCAGCAGACCAACCACCAGAGGAGCCAAAGAAGAGAGGCUGGCCGAAGGGAAAGAAGAGAAAGAAGGUGCUACCAAAUGGUCCCAAGGCACCAGUAACUGGAUAUGUCCGCUUCCUAAAUGAACGUCGGGAACAAAUGCGGGCCAGAUACCCUGACUUACCUUUCCCAGAAAUCACCAAGAGACUUGGAGCAGAGUGGACACGAUUGGCCCUGAAUGACAAACAGCGCUACCUUGACGAGGCAGAGCGGGAGAAGAUGCAGUAUGCUCAGGAACUGAAGGAGUAUCAGCAGACGGAGGCCUUUCAGAUCACCACUGCUAAGAUACAAGACAAGAGGAUCAAGAAAGAGGACACUCCGUCUGUCAUCAUCAGCACUCGUUCAGAGCCAUCUAUAUCAAAGGCUUCUGACCUCACAAGCAGGUUCGACAUUCCUAUCUUCACAGAAGAGUUCCUCGAUCAGAACAAAGCUCGAGAGGCUGAGUUGCGACGGCUUCGUAAGGCCAACAUUGAGUUUGAGGAGCAGAAUUCAGUGCUUCAGCGACACAUUAAGGACAUGUACAAUGCUAAAGAGCGCCUGGAGGCUGAACUGGGGCUGGAUGAAAAGCGGACGCAGGCUCUUCACCAACACUUGCUGGCCAUCAAACACACACUGGUCAACAGUCUGUCAUCAGUCCCCUUACCAGAUACAGGUGAGACAGCAUCUCAUGGGAACUUGGACUCAUACCUGACUCGUCUCAAUGGAGUUCUGGAGGGAAACCCUCACAAGCAUCGUGCACUGCUCUCCCAGCUCUGCGAAGUCCUCUCUCAUCUGGACGGUGAGAAGUUAUGAGGAGACUCCAGCCGGAUGGAUUCCCACUGCUGCAUCACAGGGACACCAUACAGGCUCGGCAGGAUUAGGUCAAAUCAGUGCCAUUCAACAGAGCAUGUGGAUAUCUCAAGGAUAGUAAAGGCAAGGGUGAAAACACUUCAAAACACCACCCACGCAGGCCCUGCCUCUUCUUUAUGAAUGUGUCUAUUCAUGCACAAGAGCAUUUGUAAAUGCAAAUAUUUGUGGCGUUGAUGAGGGUUUUUAUAGUUCAGGAAUUCCAUUAAAUAUAAGGUAAUUAUAUCUUCUGAACAGCUUUAAUUAAGUCAAAUUGGUUCGACCCUUACCCUUUUGUAGUGUCAGCAGUUACCUACAGUCACAUGACCUGUCCAAUAAGACAAGCCUAAUUAUUAGUUUACAGUGAAUGCCAACUGGCAUUACGGGGUUUGGGAAUGUGUAUGUUGUAUUAUUUAGAAUGCAUUAAAAACAAAACAACUGGAAAGAGUGAAAA